AUGAAGUACGUGAUUGUUUCAGGAGGUGUGAUCUCCGGUAUCGGUAAGGGUGUUCUUGCCUCGUCGACAGGGAUGCUGCUGAAAACCCUUGGGUUGCGGGUGACAUCGAUUAAGAUCGACCCGUACAUGAACAUCGACGCGGGAACAAUGUCUCCGCUCGAGCAUGGUGAGUGCUUUGUGUUGAACGACGGUGGUGAGACAGACUUGGACCUGGGCAACUACGAGAGGUACCUUGGGGUGACUCUGACGCGGGACCACAACAUCACGACGGGUAAGAUGUACUCCCACGUGAUCUCGCGUGAGCGUCGCGGAGACUACCUGGGCAAGACCGUGCAGGUGGUGCCGCACCUAACGGACGCGAUUCAGGACUGGAUUGAGCGCGUGGCUCGGAUCCCCGUGGACGACUCUGGCGCGGAGCCAGAGGUUUGCAUCAUCGAGCUUGGUGGAACCGUCGGAGACAUUGAGAGUGCGCCUUUCGUCGAGGCGCUUCGUCAGUUCCAGUUCCGUGUGGGCAAGGAUAACUUCUCGCUAAUCCACGUGUCGCUCGUGCCCGUGAUCCACGGCGAGCAGAAGACGAAGCCUACUCAGGCGGCCAUCAAGGACCUGCGUUCUCUGGGUCUGACCCCGGACAUGAUCGCAUGCCGCUGCUCUGAGAAGCUCGAAGAGCACGUCAUCAACAAGAUCGCCAUGUUCUGCCACGUCGGUCCAGAGCAGGUUGUGAACGUGCACGAUGUCAACUCCACUUACCACGUUCCGCUGCUGCUGCUUGAGCAGAAGAUGAUAGACUACUUGAGCGCACGCCUAAAGCUGAGCGACAUUGCUCUCAACUCCGAGGACAAGAAGCGCGGUGACAACUUGCUCAACAGAUGGCGUUCAUUGACCACGUCCAUCGACGAAUCUUUCGAGUGCGUCAAGAUCGCGCUCGUCGGCAAGUACACCAACCUGAAGGACUCAUAUCUGUCUGUGAUCAAGGCGUUGGAGCACUCUAGUAUGAGAUGCCACCGCAGACUCGAGAUUGUGUGGGUCGAGGCCUCCGACCUGGAGCCAGAGACCACCGAGCAUGAGAAGUCCAAGUUCCACGAAGCUUGGAACAAACUGAGCGCCGCGGAUGGUGUUCUCGUGCCAGGUGGCUUCGGUACCAGAGGCACAGAGGGUAUGGUCCUGGCUGCCAAGUGGGCCCGUGAGAACAACAUCCCAUACCUGGGUGUGUGCUUGGGUCUGCAAGUGGCAACCUUGGAGUUUGCACGCAACGUUUUGGGCAUGAAGAACGUCACGUCCGCCGAGUUCGACCCCGACUGUGCGGAGGAGGACCAGGGUGUUGUUUACAUGCCUGAGAUUGACAAGGAAAACAUGGGCGGUACCAUGCGUCUGGGGCUGAGACCUACUAUUUUCCAGGCGGAAACCGAGUGGUCCAAGCUGCGCAAGCUGUACGGCGGCUCGCACGAGGUGCACGAGAGACACCGUCACCGUUACGAAGUGAACCCCAAGCUGGUGCCUAGGCUUGAGGAGCAGGGCUUGAUGUUUGUGGGCCGUGACGAGUCCGGUGAGAGAUGCGAGAUCUUGGAACUACGCAACCACCCAUACUUCGUGGCCACGCAGUACCACCCUGAGUACAUGUCGAAGGUCUUAGACCCCUCGCAGCCAUUCUUGGGACUGAUGGCCGCGUCUGCCGGUAUCCUGGACGAGAUGCUGGCCAACGACACGCGCUCCAAUGAGCGUGCCGAAUUCUAG